CGGUUCAAGUCCAGACGCCACUAGCAGUGCUGCCCCAGCGUUCCAGCCACCCGCCGCACAAUCUCCUGUGCGGAAAUGUACACGUCCGAUGGGCUGGAGCUGCUCAAGGCGGCCAUGGAGUCCACGGGUAGUAGAUCCGUGGAUGGAUCCGUGAAUGCGAGCACUUCCACGACUGCAGAAGGGGUAUGGUGGUCGUAUGAGGUCCAGUCGCUCUCGCAACGCUUCGGAGCUGCCCUGACUCGCCACGUUGCCCGACCGGGUGGCGGGGCCCUGGUGGACAUCGACCUCUCGGAGAGCCUGGGCGCCGCCUGGAGCUCCGUGGCCCUUGUCGCGCUGGUGCCCGCAGGAUACCCGUGGCGGGCCAAGCCCACGGUCACCGUCGUGGACCGCAGGGGCGCCCUGGCUCGCGAGCGCCUGGUGCAGCUCAGCCAGUGCGUGGUGGACGCCCUGGCGAGGGCCGCGGCCGCCGGAGGCCCAGCGGUGUUCUUCGCCGCGGAGCGGGCGGCGGCGAUGCUGCGGGAGAUGUGGAACGCGGAUGCGCUGGUGGCGCAGCACCCUGCCGCUGCCGCCGCCGCCGCCGCCGCCGCAUGGAAGGCGCGGGAGGUGCGGAGCGCGCAGAAUUGGGAGGGCGAUGGCGAGGAUCAGGCAACCACCGCCGCGCCCUGCACGCCAGAGAGGACCACUGCCGCCGCCUUUGCGGACCGUGGGCAGAGCCCGUGUGGCAAGAAGCCCUGGCCCGCCACCCCGCCGUCGUGGGAGAGGCCCGCGACCUGGACGCCGCCGACGCCAGCGGUGCCGCCGUUCCCGCUGGGGCGCUGGAGCGUCCCGCCGCAUGUGAGCUACUCGGCCGGGCCCGCAGGCGUGGGCUCGGACGUCUCCACCCAGCAGGUCGAUGACGGGCCCCCCACGAGCAGCCACCACGGCACUACGGGCACGGGCAGCAGCACCGCGGCGUCGGACAGCGACAGCGACUCCUCGGGCUUCUCGAGCGACUCCUCCUCCGACUGCGAGGACCUCGACGACGAGUUGCAGUCGGUGCACAGGGAGCUGCAGCAGAACAUCCGCAGGCAGCUCAUCAAGAACAAGCGCGGUGGCGGCGCGGCGCCGGUGCCCGCCUCCGCGGGCCGGCCGCGGCAUGGCCGCCCGGGGCGCCCGACGCGCGCCUGAGCGGGCGCGCCCCGCGCCGCGGAGACCCGUCGUCGGCGGGCCUAUCUCCAGGGCCGCGGGCGCUGCCGGCCGUUCCGCCGGCCCGCCGGCUCGUCGGGAGGGUUCCCGGCCUAGCAAGAACGAGGCCGUUGUCCUCCGCAGUUGCUCGUCGUCUUCGUUCUCGUCCCCGUCCUUCCUGUCCUCUUCCUCCUGCUUCUCC